ACAGCUAAAGCAGGUUGCUAGAUAUAGCAUAAUAUCAGGAACAUAGCAAUAUCCCUGACUAGGUGUUAUGUUAGCUAGCCUAACAAGUAGCCACUGCACUGGCUUGGCUAACGUUACUGUAGAUAGCUAACCAACGUCGGGUUGAAAACAUGCCAGUUUCGACAGCUAGCUAAUAAGUUAACUUAGACAUGACUUCGAAUGGGUUUGGGUCAUAUUUUAAGUGAAUGAAUGCAAAGAUGUGUAGCUAUAUCUAGUUAGUUAGCUAACGUUAAUCAGUUAACUUGGCUAGCUCAGAACAGAAGCUAGCCAGCUACUUGCCGUUAAUCACAGACUAAGUUAAGUGCAUUCCUUUUGCUAGCUAACUUCUAGCCGGGUACUGUAGCUAGCUAAGCUGCUGUGAGACGCAGCUGAUUUCCCCAUCCUAAAGGUAGGAUGGCAGGCGACGCCAGUGGCAUUCCUGAACUGGACCAAGAGAAAUAUGAUGCAGAUGAAGAAGUCAAGAUCAUCUGCCUUGGAGACAGUGCAGUGGGCAAAUCCAAGUAAGUUAGAUAGGGAGUAUGCCAUAUUUUACUUGUCACUGCAAAUACAUCUCAAAGAUGCUGAAUGUUCUCAGUAAAGCUAACUCAAUUUUAUAUCAGCAGUAGUACUUACUUUUUGUGACCCAGGAGAAGAUGUUAACAACCGCCUCUUGUUGUUUUACAGGUUGAUGGAGAGGUUUCUGAUAGAUGGAUAGUAUCCUUUCUCACGCUGGCACUCUCAUCUAUGAUUUCUGUAAUUGGGUUUUGAGUGUCGCAUGAUCACAGAAUAAAUUAAUCAGUCUUUUAGCUUGAUGUAGCUAACUAAGUAGGUGUUGCCUAAUGUUGAUAGUAUUACACUGAAAGAAACCCAAUUCCUUCUCAAUAGUUCAUGCAGUAACUGAUUUGGCUUGUAGCUGGUUGGUCAUCCAGUAUGCCGACAUGCCUUUUGACCAGCAAUGUGACCACAUGCUGUAGCUACAGUAUAGAGGGUUGACAAAGUUGUUUAUUCUAUUUCUUAACUUGUUCUCCAGUCGUCCCCAGCAGCUGUCAACCUAUGCCCUGACGCUUUACAAAUACACUACCACCAUCGACAGCAAGGCUGUAUUAGUAGGUAUGUUUAUCAAUUGUUUUCUUAUCAAAAUGUCUGGUUUAGACUGAAGAGUUGUUAAGGCUAUAGUCAACUGGUUUUCAGUAAACUGAUCGGUUAUUGCUGUGAACCAUAAUCGUGCUGUUAUGUUAUCUGGUUGCCUUGGUAUCUGUUUGGUUGCCUUCAGCUGUGUUUGUACUUAUGUCUGCCUCAAAGACUUCUGGGAUACGGCCGGACAGGAGCGGUUCCAGAGCAUGCAUCCCUCGUACUACCACAAGGCUCACGCCUGUAUCAUGGUAAGACUUCACACUAGCUGCUAAGACGACAACAUUACUUCAAGGCUCAUACUUAUGUCAUAGCCUGUAUCAUUGACUGUACUCGUCUUUGUCAGGUGUUUGACGUGCAGAGGAAGAUCACCUAUAAGAACCUGACCAGCUGGUAUACAGAGCUGAGAGAGUACAGGCCUGAGAUCCCCUGUGUGGUGGUGGCUAACAAGAUAGAUGGUGAGUCCUGCCAGACAGGCUAAAUCUAAUAAUAUUUUAUUUUUACUUUAUUUUUUAUUUUUACUCCGUUGUUUGCAGCUGAUAUGAAGGUGACCCAGAGGAACUUUAACUUUGCCAAGAAGCAGGGACUUCCUUUGUACUUUGUAUCUGCUGCUGAUGGGACCAACGUAGUCAAGGUGAGGAUGGACAACAUUGUCCUUAAGACACACACACAAUACUGUGUAUACUGUAUUUGUUGCUUAACGAAAAAUAACAUUUACAAAACCUUUUCUCUCUUUCAAAAUGUCUCCCAGAUGUUCAAAGAAACAAUCAAGAUGGCAAUGUCUUACAAGCAGAACUCUAGUGACUUCAUGGAUGAAGUGAUGCGGGAGCUGGAGGUACAGUACAUACAGUUGAAGUCGGAAGUUUACAUACACCUUAGCCAAAUACAUUUAAACUCAGUUUUUCACAAUUCCUGACAUUUUAUCCUAGUAAAAAUUCCCUGUCUUAGGUCAGUUAGGAUCACCACUUUAUUUGAAGAAUGUGAAAUGUCAGAAUAAUAGUAGAGAGUGAUUUAUUUCAGCUUUUAUUUCUUUCAUCACAUUCCCAAUGGGUCAGAAGUUUACAUACACUCAGUUAGUAUUUGGUAGCAUUGCCUUUAAAUUGUUUAACUUGGGUCAAACGUUUCGGGUAGCUUCCCACAAUAAGUUGGGUGAAUUUUGGCCCAUUCCUCCUGACAGAGCUGGUGUAACUGAGUCAGGUUUGUAGGCCUCGCUCGCACACGCUUUUUCAGUUCUGCCCACAGAUUUUCUAUAGGAUUGAGGUCUGGGCAUUGUGAUGGCCACUCCAAUACCUUGACUUUGUUGUCCUUAAGCCAUUUUGCCACAACUUUGGAAGUAUGCUUGGGGUCAUUGUCCAUUUGGAAGACCCAUUUGAGACCAAGCUUUAACAUCCUGACUGAUGUCUUGAGAUGCUGCUUCAAUAUAUCCACAUACUUUUCCUUCCUCAUGAUGCCAUCUAUUUUGUGAAGUGCACCAGUCCCUCCUGCAGCAAAGCACCCCCACAGCAUGAGGCUGCCACCCCCGUGCUUCACGGUUGGGAUGGUGUUCUUCGGCUUGCAAGCAACCCCCUUUUUCCUCCAAACAUAACAAUGGUCAUUAUGGCCAAACAGUUAUAUUUUUGUUUCAUCAGACCAGAGGACAUUUCUCCAAAAAGUACGAUCUUUGUCCCCAUGUGCAGUUGCAAACUGUAGUCUGGCUUUUUUAUGGCGGUUUUGGAGCAGUGGCUUCUUCCUUGCUGAGCGUCCUUUCAGGUUAUGUUGAUAUAGGACUCGUUUUACUGUGGAUAUAGAUACUUUUGUACCUGUUUCCUCUAGUAUCUUCACAAGGUCCUUUGCUGUUGUUCUGGGAUUGAUUUAUACUUUUCGCACCAAAGUAUGUUCAUCUCUAGGAGACAGAACGCGUUUCCUUCCUGAGCGGUAUGACGGCUGCAUGGUCCCAUGGUAUUUAUACUUGCGUACUAUUGUUUGUACAGAUGAACGUGGUACCUUCAGGCGUUUGGAAAUUGCUCCCAAGGAUGAACCAGACUUGUGGAGGUCUACAAUUUUUUUUCUGAGGUCUUGGCUGAUUUCUUUUGAUUUUCCCAUGAUGUCAAGUAAAGAGGCACUGAGUUUGAAUGUAGGCCUUGAAAUACAUCCACAGGUACACCUCCAAUUGACUCAAAUGAUGUCAAUUAGCCUAUCAGAAUCUUCUAAAGCUGUGACAUCAUUUUCUGGAAUUUUCCAAGCUGUUUAAAGGCACAGUCAACUUAGUGUAUGUAAACUUCUGAUCCACUGGAAUUGUGAUACAGUGAAUUAUAAGUGAAAUAAUCUGUCUGUAAACAAUUGUUAGAAAAAUUACUUGUGUCAUGCACAAAGUAGAUGUCCUAACCGACUUGCCAAAACGAUAGUUUGUUAACAAGAAAUUUGUGGAGUGGUUGAAAAACGAGUUUUAAUGACUCCAACCUAAGUGUAUGUAAACCUCCGACUUCAACUGUAUUUCCCUCUCUGGAUAUUAGCUCACUGAUAUUAUACACUCAUAUCUUUAGCUGUUUCCAUCUCCUUAAAUGACUGCCGCUAUUUCACUGACAGUUGUUCUGGUUAUGCUAUUAGAAUGAACGUAUUUGGUUGAGUUCACAUUUUAAUUGAACAGAAAAUGUGAAUGAUGAUACAUUUGGUCUGGCGUUUAGGCUCUGCUCUUCAAGGGUGGUCCCCAACCAAGGAAAUGCUCAGGUAAUGAACCUAAACAAAGCUAAGCUAGGGGUAAGGGAGCAGAGUAUCUGCCAUGCCCUUGAUAAACAGAAGAGCAGAACCAGAAGGCAGCAGCUUUCUGAGGUCUAUUUGAAAGAAGCGCCAUCAUGUUGUGUGUUCAAUGUCUGAUUGAUCAGAAACUCAGCUGAUACUGUCAGCUGACUAAUCAUGUGAUUGACUUGAAUUCAUGCCAGAACCAGCUUCGCUCCAUGUAUUUGACUGACAGUUGCUCUGGAUAAGAUUACCUUUAAGUCAUUUAGCAGGCUGACUCAGCUAAAUGACGUUGCCACAAGCAGCACCGCAGAUAUUGCGAUGAGCAAGAUGCACAACUUCGUUUUCACAGUCACACAGUAUCUGCUUCACGCUUUUACAACGUGGUAGCCACGGGACCAAAACAGCAGAGAAGUUGAGCCUUGCGCUUCAACGCUCUUAGUUGUAGCGGAAAUUGACUCACUAUGCUGUUUACUUUCUGCAUCUACGUCGCUGAGUCUAUUUUUAAGUGUAAUACAUUUUUUGUUCAUCCUUGACCUGUAGAACUUUGAGCUGGAGCAGAAGAAGGAGGAGUCGUUAGAGACCGCUGAGGAGAGACUGAAACCAGAGAGCCCCGAGUCUGUCUGACUGGAUGUUGAUGUGGAUACAUUAUCCUCAAAUUAUGGACACAUUAUCUUUAAAUUAUACUGGCAUUGUGAAUAUGAGAGCUGAUUCUGACUGCACUGCAGCUAUGGACUCUGUGGAUAUGUUAUUCUAACUGUGUUGACAUGAUACCUCUUUACCAUGGGAGAGCCUUGCUCCCAAGUCUGUAACUGAUGUUGUGGAUAUGUUACAUUGACAUUAUUCUCAGUUUGUGGACAUGUUAUUCUUACAUUCUCCUCAUGAUUGCAUUUUAUGCCAUGGAAGAGACAUGUUUUUGUGGGGCUGAUGCUGCAGAAAUGUUAACCCUUGACCCAUAUAAUAGUAGUAACCUGUGAGAUCUGGGGCAAUCUAUUGAUGUGAGAACAAACAUAUUGUAGGAUAGAUGUUGUGGCAGGCAGGGUGAACGUGUGUGAAGCAGGCUAUUUAUUUGAGGUGAAUCUAGAAUGUGAAGCGUUGUAAAAUGUGGGACACGUACAAUACCUAUAAUCCCCAUUCUUGCUAUUUUAUGAUAGCAAAGUGAAACUGUGAAUGUGAACUCUCUUUGCUACUUUGUCAUCAGCUUUUACCAUCUUAUGUUUUUACCAUACAGGGCAUGUGUAUGGCGAUUUGUACAAUGUUAUAGUGAAUUACAUGUAUGUAAAGCCUGCUAUCGUUGCUCUAAGUGCUACAGUGUAAAGCCAGAGCUUUUAUAGGUCGUCUUUAAUGUAU